AUGACCCAGAAUAAGGACACGCCUCUCUCGUCACAGAUCGCUGCUUUAACCAGUAGCGUGCAGACCCGAUGUCUCGACGAGAAAGCACGCUUAGAAGCACUCGAUGCUGCUCGGGGUUUGUUAGCUGCUCUGGAGUCGCCUGUUGAGAGGGUCAUUCAGGACGUAGUGAUGAACUCCCCAGUUUUGAUGGCUCUUCGUAUGGGUGUUCAACUGGGCAUUUUUACUCAAAUCAGCCAAAGCCCAGAAUGUGGCGCUUCCUCUCCAGAUAUUGCAAAGAAAUCUGGUGCAAGCUUGAUCCUUGUUGACCAGAUUACUCGGCUUCUCGCCGCGACAGGAUAUAUCAAGCAGGAUGGUGUACAACACUUCAAGCCCUCGCCUCUUACCAUGGUGAUGGCGGACCCAAUCAUGGAAGCAACUACUCGAUUCUGCUUUGAGGUCGGCAACCUUUGCGCCUCCAAAGCACCGGAAUUCUUCCGCAAGAAUAACAACCAAUUCCCCAGUUCUGCAAAGGACACGCCUUUUCAACUAGGAUUCAAUACCAACAUGGAAUAUUUCGAGUGGCUGGGCCACAAUCCCGACCUGGCGAAGGAUUUUCAGCGAUGGAUGACACUUAAGCAGAAGACUACCCUCAACUGGGUGGACUGGUUCGACAUCCAGCAACUCAUCAUUGAUGGGUCUAACAGCAAACCCGAAGAUGUUCUUCUCGUUGAUGUUGGAGGCGGCGAAGGGCAUUAUUUGCGACAAUUCCAAGAGAAAUUCCCCGAGACACCUGGCCGUUUGAUCCUACAGGAUCUGCCGCAGGUGGUUUCGACCAUCGAGAAUCUCCCACAGGGUAUAGAGCUAACACCGCACGACUUUUUCACCCCCCAACCAGUCAAGGGCGCGCGGACAUACUUCAUGCACUGGAUUCUUCACGACUGGUCAGACGAGCACUGCCGAUCCAUUCUGGGCAAUAUUGUCGAUGCUAUGGAGCCUGGUUAUUCUCGUCUGAUCAUCCACGAGUCGAUUCUUCCGGAUAUGCAAUGCGAUCUGCCAUCUGCUUGCCUGAGCAUUAUGAUGAUGGUCCAGGUUGCUGCGUUUGAACGGUCUGAGAAGCAGUGGCAGGAUCUUCUUGCGUCUGUGGGUUUAAUGAACGUCAAUUUCUAUCAGCCCCCUGGAAGUGGCGAGGGUAUUGUUGUGGCUAUUAAAUGA